UCGCAAACACACCAUAAGUAAACUCCCAAACACACCAUAAAGGAGAACAAAGAGCGGGCAGCACUUUUUCGUCCCGUUCCCGGAUUUCACCAUUUUCUCUCUCCUCUCGUUUCUUCCAGUCGCUCAUCACCAUUUCCAAAUCCAUCGAAGAGACGGAAACUAGAGAGGGAGAGGAAAGAAACGGAUCCUCGGCCGGAGCUAGGGUUAGCGUUUUUCUCGCUCGAAAUCGCCUCGCCUUCAUUUGCUGAAUCUGCUGACUCGAUUCGAGCUGGAGGAGAGGAUGAGCGUGAAUCCGGUGCCGUCCUCGGAUUCUCAUGGGAACCUCGACGAGGAGAUCGAGCAGCUUAUGCAGUGCAAGCCUCUGUCAGAGCAGGAGACUCUCUUUUCAGGUUAGAGUGUUAUGUGAGAAGGCGAAGGAGAUACUAAUGGAAGAAAGCAAUGUCCAGCCUGUUAAAAGCCCUGUGACCAUUUGUGGUGACAUUCAUGGGCAGUUUCAUGAUCUUGCAGAGCUAUUUCGAAUUGGUGGAAAGUGUCCAGAUACUAAUUACUUAUUUAUGGGUGACUAUGUGGACCGUGGGUACUAUUCAGUUGAGACAGUAACGCUCCUUGUGGCCCUAAAGGUGCGGUAUCCUCAGCGAAUUACCAUUCUCAGAGGGAACCAUGAAAGUCGCCAGAUUACACAAGUUUAUGGAUUUUAUGAUGAAUGCUUGCGAAAAUAUGGAAAUGCUAAUGUUUGGAAGAUAUUUACAGAUCUCUUUGACUAUUUCCCGUUGACAGCUCUGGUCGAAUCGGAAAUUUUUUGCCUGCAUGGUGGGUUAUCACCUUCUAUCGAGAACCUUGAUAGUAUACGCAACUUCGAUCGUGUUCAAGAAGUACCUCAUGAGGGUCCUAUGUGUGAUCUCUUAUGGUCUGACCCUGAUGAUAGAUGUGGUUGGGGGAUUUCUCCCCGUGGUGCAGGAUAUACUUUUGGCCAGGAUAUAUCUGAGCAAUUCAACCAUAACAACAACCUUAAGCUGAUAGCCAGAGCUCAUCAACUAGUUAUGGAAGGAUAUAACUGGGGCCAUGAACAAAAGGUGGUAACCAUAUUUAGUGCACCUAAUUAUUGCUAUAGAUGCGGAAACAUGGCUUCUAUCUUGGAAGUUGAUGACUGCAAAGGCCACACUUUUAUCCAGUUUGAGCCUGCUCCUAGGAGAGGUGAACCUGAUGUAACUCGUAGAACACCUGAUUAUUUCCUCUAACACAAUUAUUUGUGAAGGCAUAUUACGGCGUUCCUUUAAGCAAGCGUAUAUUUUCUAUAUGAGAUCGUAAUUGCAGAUUUUUCUUGAGAUCCUGAUGAUUAACUUGGCAUUUUUAUGAAAGCAGUGAAGCCUUUGGUAGUGGUAAGAUAACAUGUAGAAUAUCGAAGGCUCCCCAGAAGUCUGUCUCUAAGUUACAAACCCUUAAUUUGAUUCUUUUGUGCUGGGAGGCAACAGAGCUGGCAGGGCAUCAACAAUAGCAGCAGCACAUAUCACUUGUUAGAAAACUCUGCGGUCUUCUUAAGCCUUAUUAUCUUCUUUCUAUUUUGUCAAUGACUUUUGGUUUGUAUUGUAUAAGUAUAUUUUUCCCUUAGUAGAAGAAAAAUACUCCUUAUUGUGGUUUCCUCAAGUUAGGUUCACCUCAACUGAACUUGCAGCUUGCUCAUAAACUGCUUCGAAACCCGUUUUAGUUGUAUAUUUGGGCAGAAGCUCCUUAUAUUAUAAAUAAAUCUGAUCCUGUUAGAUGUA